GUUUUUGGCCGAUCUGAAAUUUUACAUGGUCUAGAGUUUGCCGAUUUAUUCCAAAUUCUGAGCCAAAAUGCUCAAAAAUCUUUUGCGUGCAAUAAUAAUGGGACCUCCUGGUUCUGGAAAAGGGACCAUUUCGAAUCGGAUCAUCAAGGAUUUUGAUCUAAAACACCUGUCAACUGGUGACCUACUUCGGCACCAGAUUCGGGCUGGAUCUCCCGCUGGUGUCCUUGCCAAGACGUUCAUUGAUGAUGGGAAUUUGCUGCCUGAUCAUGUGAUGGUCAAACUGGUUGAGGAGGAACUCAACACUUUGAAGGGUCAGAGUUGGCUUCUUGAUGGUUUCCCUCGAACGAUACCGCAAGGAGAGGCCCUGGCUCGAGUGUCAGAUGUUGAUGUCGUCAUCAACCUGGACAUUCCCUUCAGCAUAAUAAUUCAGAGAAUUAUGGGUAGAUGGGUGCAUCCUGCCAGUGGCCGAAUAUACCACACAGAAUUUAAUCCACCGAAGGUGCUAGGCCGAGAUGAUCUCACAGGGGAAGAACUGGUGCAGCGGGAAGAUGACAAGGAGGAGACUGUCCGAGCACGCCUCAAUCAUUACAGUGAACUGACAUCACCGCUAUUAGAUUAUUACAGACAAAAAGGAAAACUGGAAGAAUUCCACGGAAAAUAUUCCAAUGAAAUCUGGCCGCAAGUCCACAAGUAUCUUGCCGAAAAGAUGGAGCCGUUGCAAUAUACACAUUAUGACUGAUGAAAGAUGGGUAUGCUAUUAAUAAAGGUUGUGACUGUUAUUCUAAUGAUUUGGUGCAUCUUGCAUGUGAUAUGUCAGUAACUUAGUCAAACUAUCGUCGGUCAGUAAGUUGGUGAUAGCCACUUUUAUAGGCCUAGAUAGAUCAGGGACUUAUCACAGAUCCUUACAUAUACGGAUAGAAACGUACACAAAAUUCGUCCUCUUUCUACAGAGUUUUAUCCGUAUAAAGAUCCUUGAUAAGACGCUGUUCUCAGCCUCCCAGUUAUCAUAAGCCUCAGGGGUGGGUUAUGCAACUUAUGAAAGGUGUGGACUAUUGGUUGUCCAUGCCCUUUAUUAUCUCCCACGUAUUGACCGAUUAUCAUUAACUAAGUGCUCACAAUAUUUCAAACAAUCUUCUGGGUAUUUGAUUUUGAUAUGUUUGUGUAUGAUCAAAACUUGAUGUGGUACUCUCACACAGACUUGUUUUUUCAAGUCAGUGUGUCCGCAGGGCAUAAUUGAGAUUUACGGGCACUGGUUUGAGAAUAAAGAGGAAACAGAAGGGGUUGUUCUAGUGGUGCUCUGGCAUGGUGCCCAGAGUCCUUGACAAUGAUGGUCGGGGUUAGCUGGGACUUUUAUUGAAAACGUUUUAUGUCUAUAUUCUCCCUUAACCUCUUGAAUCCCAAAACUUGAAAAAUCCCAGGAUCCCAGGGUGGUCGCGUGGUUGCCAAAUUGGGUCUGACUUGCACGAUGUCAUAGCGCCCGCAUACAACCUCCAAAGUCCGGUACCAAGGUACCAUCUACCCAGGCAUGCUCUACCUGACCCUACUGUAUAUCAAACACGCUAAAACAAGCAAUAAACUAGCGUCCGAGCUCAAGGGAAUAAAAAAAUCACUGAGACCGACCUGUUGUUAUUUCAAAAUGACCGACUGGUCUGUCGCCAGGAUUCAAGAGGUUAAAGGUCUACGCUGUUGGUGAAAAAUUGGAAAUUUGUAAUUGAAUUUGAAAGUUUCCAAAUGUGUAGUAAAAAACUACCAAGUUUCAGCAAAUUCGUUUGCAUAAUAACUGCACAACGGCAUAAAUUGAUAUAACUGGCAUUUCAAAUAACAAGCUGGCGGCUAACCAACCAGUCGCAUCAGAACCAGGUUACCAGUAGGCCAUGAUAAUUCGCCCUUCCGCUCACAAGGUGGACCCACUAGGCCAUCAGGAUUGGUUAUCUCAUUGCAAUGGAAUAACCGUAAAAAACAGUUUGAUGUACCGCUUGUGCUGAAAAUCUUAAAAUGAAACAGACCGCUGACCAUAAUAUUAAAUGAAAGAGAAGUCCAUUAUUAUGUACUCAGUGCAAGUUGUACAUACAUUGUAGAUUUUCUGAUUCUUUAUUAGGUAACAACUGAGAUUAUCUUAUCAUGACAAAACCACUUGAUAAUCAAAUAUAAAUGUAAGCUAUUGUUAUACAUGUAGAUGUAUUUUGACUUUAUUGUUAAAGCAUGUAGGCGACUGUUGAAGAAGGUGUACAUGUCUGUGACACAAACUUGUCGAAAUGUCCACAUCGAAAACUGGCAGCUAAUGGUGUCUUUGUAAUCUUAAUGUAACUGUAGUUGUAAAAAUAAUUUGGUGCAGGAAUAAUUAUUUGGACUCAAAUUGUUAUUUUAUUUAAAGUUGUUUUAAUAAAGCAUUUUUGAUAUAGAAGACAAUAGUCACUGUUUAUAGCGUAUACAUGUAUUAUGAUUGUUAGUUUUUGAAUGUUGUGAAUUUGAAUAAAUCUGAGUUUGGGAAACGGUGGAUUAACCCUUUGAACCCUAAGCUCCUGGGGGUAUUUUUUUAAUUCUAAAAAAGACCGCAAGAGUGUUUGUUGGACUGAUACCGGUAUACAUUUUAGGUGGCUGUUGCAGCCUGCAGGGUUCAAAAGGUUCAAAUUAUGUGAUUUUUGUUCAGGUGUUUGUGUACUUGGUGGGUUUGGUAGAUCAGUUCAAUGAAAAUGGCUAAUGAGUGGAAUUUUGUAAGUAGGCCUAGAUUCAAAUUCUUGUGAAAUGAACCACACUUGAUACUAGUGCAUUUAUAACUUAUUCAUCACUUUAUUGCUGGCAAUGUAAUCGAAACUAUAAUUUCUUUCUGCAUGAUCAGAGUAUAGGUAUGUAUUAUAUUAUUCAAAUCAGUGACACUCGUUUGUAGAAAAAUUGCAUUCCUUUUUUUUAGUUUCAAGAUCUUUUAAAUUCGUUGCUUUUUUUUGGGUUAUCGAGUGAUAAAAUAAGUAGCAAUAAGAAGUAGAUGGCCCUUCAUGGCCUAUAAAUGUUAAUUAUAAUGAUAGAAUAAAUGAUUUUAUUCUAAUUAAUACUUCCUAGAAACCUUGUGAAUGUGACCUACAUGAGGCACUGGUGUUACAUAUAUUGGAGGGAUUGGUGUUACCAAAACCACACUACUUCUGAAGUAAAGUGUUUUUGGUGUUGCAUAAGUUGGAGGCAUUGGUGUUAUGUGUAAUGUCAAGUAUGUGAUUCUACCCAAUGUUAUAAUUGUGUCAUAUUGUUUUGUAAUGUUGUUAUAAAAGACAUUUAUUCAAAUCAGUGAUAAUUGUUUGUAGAAAUAUUGCAUUCCAUUCGUUAAUUCAAUGACAAGAUCUUUGAAGUGCAUUUUGCUUUGUUUUGCAUUAUCAGAUGAGAAUAUGUGGAUUGAAAUACUUCAUGGUGUAUCACAGUUAAUUGUAAUAAUUGAAAUAAAUGAUUUUAUACUGAUUAAGAUUUUCUAGAAAACCUUGUAAAUGUGACCUCAAUUAAGCGGAGCUGUUACAUAUAAUUAUUAUUACGUAUGUCAAAUACAUGAUUCUUCCCAAUGCUCUAUUUUCAUCAUAUUGCCACGGUUAUGAGUAUGAUUCCCAUAGUCCAUUUUGUGAGGAGUUGAACUGCAUACGAAAAAAAACUAAAAUGCGGGGGAAAAUUUAUCAACUUUUUACUUCAAAAUGCUCUUUCUUUGUCAUAUACACAAAAAUGUAUUCUGGCCAAGUGUGGAAUCUGUGAAAACUCAGAAAACCUGCUGUGUGCCAUUUAAAAUGGACUAAAGUUAAAUGUGCAAUUUUGAUUAAAUUGAUUACAUUCAGUGAUUGUAUAUAGCUGGUGCUACAAUUUACUAACAGGCCAAGUUAGCAGAUUCUCUGUCUUACUAUACAUGUAAAUUUUAAACUUGACCCAACGAAUAGUGCAUGUACAUACAUUGCACAUGACAAUAAAUAUCAUUGAUAAUAUUUAUGUACAUUUUGGUGAUUAAAAAAUGGCUAUUUUGCUAUAAAAAAUGUA